AUGCUUGCCAAUAUCGCAAAUGAAAAUCAAAGCCAAUACUUCAUCGCAGGAGGGAUGUUUGAAAGGAAAGAGAAUAGCUUGGCCGUAUUUGACACUACCGAUGAGGUACAUCCUGCCUGGACUAACCUUACUACCCAUAUCCCUUACUUCAAUGGACCAGCCACACAAUUUGUCCCUUUUGGUGAAAGAGGCGUCCUAAUUUCCAUCGGCGGUUUCAUAGAUCAUCGCAGCACUCAACAGAGGGACAUGUCUCUGAUCCAAGUUUUCGACAUUGCUACUCAAAUUUGGUCAGCCGUACUUGCAAUUGGCGACGUCCCCGAGCCCAGAUCCAACUUCUGCUCAGCCCUGAGUGCAGCUUCCGAUCAAAGUAGCUUUCAGCUGACCAUUUACGGCGGAUUAAUAGAGAUAUAUGGCAAUACAACGGACGAGCUUUACGUUCUAUCGAUGCCCUCCUUCCAGUGGGUCAAAAUCAGCGAAACAGAAAAUAGCAACACCGAAGUAGGCAACCCCGUUGGUCGGGUGCUACAUUCCUGUCUAGCAUAUAAUGAUAGGCAGAUGUUUGUUCUUGGUGGAAAAAUCGCCACUCCUAACGGCAGCUGGGAUACCUCCCAUUGCAUCGACUCUCUUCCAGGCAUCAAGUUGUUGGACAUGACAACUUUCGAAUGGUACUCGGAGUAUCCCAUACCCAAUACUACGUAUGAGGUCCCUCAGCAGGUCAUCAACAUUAUCGGCGGUGGUCCAGACGGGGGCGCGAGAGACGCUGCUGCGUGGCAACCACGAGUAGACACUGGACUAUUCGGUAGAAUCACAUCGAAUGAUCGCUCGACAUCAUUCGGGACGCCAACUUCAGCGCCUGAAGGAACCACCCACCCUGCAACACACUCAAGAAAUCGAACAGUCAUCAUAGCUGGGGCUGUGACAGGUGGAGUCAUCGGGGUAGCGCUUUUCGGCGUUGUAGCCUUUGAGAUCUUGGGUCGGAGGACCCGUAAGCAAGGGAAGAGAAAACCAAAUGUUACAGCAUUACUUCCAGAUCAGCCAAAUUUGAAGACUUUAGGGAUCAUUCCAAAAUCUGAGUUCGAAAUUUGUGAAAUACAAGGCGACAACACAGAAGCAAUAGAGAUGUGCUUCAUUCGUGAGCUAGAAGCAUAG